AUGCUUAAUCAAAUCUACUACGAAGCUCGAGACAUUCUCUACGACGAGAAUGCGUGCCAAAUCGAGAUCUCUAGCCGCUGGAUCCCAGAACACGGCGUGCGCUGCAUCAGCCAUGCCUUCCUGUCUGACAUCUUCGUCAACCGAGAUGACUCAUUGGGGGACACACGAGAGGUAUGGCCAGCACACAUGCUGCAGUUUACCACUGUGACUCUGAGCCUCCGCGUCGAGGGAGUGGGCAUCAACUACUAUCAUGAUGCGGAUGUCCUGGCGCCACUGCAUCACAUGCUAUUGAGCUUGUGUAGCCGCCUCAAGUCCAGUACCCACGUCAACAAGCUGCAGAUCAAGUCGCUUCUUGGAAACACUCCUCUGUACCCGUUACGCAGAGUUCUUCGGCCGCUCGCGCGACUUGUUCCAUCAGUCAAGCUCGAGUUCAUUGACUUUCCUUCAUCCCUGGAUCUCAUGUUCCAGCCACCCAUCGCCGCCAAGCCCGAGCUCAUCCAAAGUUUGAUAGAAAAGCUGGAGGACGACAGAUUGAAGCGAAGCCCUAAAAAGAUGCAGAAGUACGUCGACCUGGUUGCCAACCACUCCCCGAUCGAUAUCCUCGCGGAUCUCCGUGCAGAUAGUAAGAAAGCCAGCAGGAUUCAGGAAGUGAUCCUUUCACUUGACAAUUAUCGACGCCACCUUGCUCCUCGGGACGAAAAGGAGAUAGUAUCUCAUGCUAUGGAUAGGAGGGUGUGA